AGCCAGAAAAUUAUUUUUGGCGAGCACUUCUCAUUGUUUUGAAUGUGUGCCAUCUCUGCAUGGUGUCUAGUUCUUCUAUAUGAAUUUAUGUUGUGAACAUAUAGUAUAUAACACACCAGAGCCACACCGUUGCAUGGGGUGAUAUGUUCUUCAUUACCAUUUGAAACACGCACACUGCCAGACAUACUCACUGGUACAACUGCACAAUGUAUGGUUUCAGUGCUGAUAUCAUGUACACAUGCAUAAUAGUCAGUUUGCAAGAUGUGCGUUGUUCAGUAUGGCAAAAGAACUCAAACAUGAUGCUAAAUCUUUUUUGUUGCUUGAUAAAAAAGCUACAUUUCAUUCUCACUCUCCAUGAAUAACCUCAGAGAAACAGUGGUCCAGUAUAAUGUUAUUUAGUCCAAUUCAAGAUUCAUUGGGUUGGCAGUGGUAUGUUGUCGUACUUGCAUUGAGUUCUGGUGUCACAUUUCCCCUGUCUGACCUUCUUUUAGAAAAACUGUAGGGUGGUGAACGGUGAGCGACAACUCCUGCUUAAGUUGUGCCAUGAGUCACACGUGUUUGUCAAUUUAAGAGAUAUUUUUUCAACUUGAUAAAGUCUCAGUUUGUCAUAAAACUAAUGAAAUACAAGACUGAAAAUAUGUCAUUAUAAGGACUACACCUUUAACAGUUGUGUUAGUGACGUUGUCUCGAUGAAUGCUCUCCACAAACCAGAACUUAAACAUUGAGGAGCUGCUCCUGAAUAUUAAGCAGUUCACAGAACUGAACCAGGACCAAAUCUCCUUUUACAGAACUGCAGUUGAUAAUAUGGGCAGAUUUAUUAUGAUUCUCAUUAGGGCUGAAACGAUUACUCGAAUAAUUCGAAUAAUUCGAUUACAAAAAAUGAUCGAGGAAUUUUCUCUGCCUCGAGGAAUCGUUUAAUUUUGCCAGCUCAAAGCACGGUAUUUCGCCCGGACGACUUGUAAUGCGGCACAACGUGCUGACGUCACGCACGUAAAAGAAGAAGAAGAGGCGGCGGAAAAUUCAACAGAUGAAGAAGAAGCAGAAGCAGAAGAAGACGAUGGCGGCGGAAAUGUCGGGUAGUUGCGGAGGUAGAGACGAAGAAGGCGACGCAAGCCAAGACAAAGGAACAAAGAAAAGACAGAAAAUGUCAAAAGUGUGGGAGCAUUUUAAGCUGGACACCGGGGGGAACACUGUCACAUGCAUUCACUGCAAGACAGCGCUUGCGUUCCACAAUAGUACAUCCCCAAUGCUGCAGCAUCUCCAACGAAGGCACCCCGUUUAUUCCGAGAGCGGAGGACCGUCACCCCAGACAAGUAAAUCAUCACAGUCUCGCAUGGACAAAUUUCUCUACAAAGUGCCAUCAUGUAGCCCCGAGCUAGCAGCUGAGCUUUCAAAUAGCAUUUUAAACAUGAUUGUCACAGACAUGCGCCCACUAAACAUUGUGGAGGAUGAUGGUUUUAAAGCAAUGGUUUCAACCUUCCAUCCCAAGUACGAGCUUCCAUCAAGAACUUUCUUUACAAAACAGAUGGAGAAAAAGUAUGAAGUAAUCAAAACCAAGAUGAAGCAGGCUCUACAAGAGACCAACAGCAUUGCGCUCACUACUGAUAUUUGGACAAGCAUCGCAACAGAGGCUUAUAUGGGAGUGACAUGUCACUAUAUUGGAAAGAACUGGAACAUGGUGUCCCACUCCCUGACGACGAUGCCCCUUGAAGAGAGACACACCGCUUCAAAUAUUGCAGAGUGGAUUGAGGAGGUCAUUGCCAAAUUUGACAUUCCAGCAAAGAAAAUCAAGGCUGUCGUCCAUGACAACGGUGCGAAUGUCGUAGCAGCAGCAAAGAUUUUGGAAGAAAGACAUGGAUGGGCAUCAGUGAGAUGUGCAGGGCACACCCUCAACUUGGUUGUGCAAAACUCACUGAAAUACCACCAGGCUAUCUCCAAGUGUGUUGCUGCUGCGAGAAGCCUUGUCGAACACUUUAAAAAAAGUGAACUGGCAUGCACAAAGUUGAAGGACAAGCAGAAACAAAUGGGUUGCAAGGAAAACAUGCUGGUGCAAGAUGUCUCCACAUGCUGGAACAGCACUUAUGCCAUGUUGUCCAGGCUUCAAGAACAGAGAUGGCAAGUGACUGCCACACUUUCUGACCCAGCAGUGACCCAGAGAGGGAAACACUACCUGGACCUCAAACCUGAACAGUGGAAUCUGAUUGAGGAGCUGAACCAGGUCCUUGAGCCCUUUGAAUCAGCCACAGUGUUUAUGAGUGGACAACAAUAUGUCACACUCUCAGCACUUCCACAUCUUGUGCAAAAACUUAAAAAAAACAUACAGAGUCCAGAAUUUGAGAGUGCACCUGUGAGAUCAUUCCAGACUCAUGCAACAGAACAGGUCACAGAGAGAUGGCAAGGACUACUUGAGUUUAUUCCCAAAUCUCCAAACACCAUCCUACUUGCUGCUGCUCUGGAUCCCAGGUUUCGGAAACUGAGGUUCUUGGCUGCUGGGGAAGUACUCAAAUUCCAAAGUGCAGUACAAGCCAUGGCACUUGCAGCCAAACAGCAAGUGGGGCAGCCCACUGCAAGUAAACAUGGGGCAAACAACAGCACAGCACAAGACACCCCAACAGCAGGACAUGCCAAGAGUAUGACAUCAUUCCUGGACUCAGACUCCACCACCAGUGACGAAGAACAGGACGAGGAGCAGCAGUUACUCCAAACUGUACAUCAGGAGGUCUUAAUGUAUUUUGGAGAACAUCCCCUUUCCAAGAAGGAGAAUCCAUUGACAUGGUGGGAAAAGAAUGCAGCACGCUAUCCAACAUUGGCAGAGCUGGCAAGGUCCCUGCUGUGUAUUCCAGCCACAUCAACGCCAUCAGAGCGUCUGUUUUCAGCUGCAGAGUACUUUUAUGACCAGGAUGAAGAUGACGAGGCUGAGCCAACCUUCUCAGAAGACGAGGCUGUUACUCAGAAAGGACUGAGACGAUCACAGAGUGUCAAGAUUACACGAUCCAGAGUCCGCAAAGAUGCUCGUUAUGGGUCGCUGAAGAUAAAAGGCAAGAAGAGACCAGCGCUGAGCUCUGUCAACUAUGGGAUGUGAAAAGACUACUGCUCACACACACACACAAAAACACAGCAGAGCAGUCUGCUGAUUGGUGGAUGGUAUUGUCAGUCUAUAUUCCAGCCCCUCGCAGUGUGACUCUUACACUGUGCAGAACUCUUCCAUCUUUUUAAUGGUUUUCCUCACAUAUUUAUUACCUUAUUCAUCCUAAACCAGUGACUCCUGGAGUCUGUCAGAGGACUCUGAUGUGUUUCUUUGGGUUGAUGGCAUACAUGAUGCUUUUUGCUUUUGCAUGGAUGUGUGUGUUUCAGCUGUUGUUCAUGGCAGUUUAAUUGUAGUUUUUAGGUGAGAUGAUUUUAUAUAUGUGUAGUCAUUUAGGAUUUAGAUCCAUCUGUCAGAGACUUUUUUGUGUGGUGGUACCGCUUUCUAAUAAAGCAUCUUUUAUAAAGGCUAGUAACUAUUGAACAUGAACAGUUGUGGAAUCGAGAGAUGAUUAGAAAAUGAAAGCUCCUUAUCAAAGCUGCAUUCAUUUCCUGGAGGACAACAGAACAAGCUUUAAAAGUAACAUUUGACUUUCACAAACAGUCGCUUAUUCAGAUAUCCAGCAGACAUCCAAUCUUGCCCCUUUUAGUUUACAUUGAAAAUGGAUUCAUUCAUUUAAAGAUAUUGAUUAUUGCACCUUAAAUGGACGCAUUUGCAGAUUUUAAAAGAAGAAAUGAUACCAUGUUCCUCUCACAGAUUAGGAGUUAAAUUAAUAUGCAAUAAAACAUGCCAUUGUUCAGCUCAGUACACUCAGGUGGUGUAGACACUGGAGAUACCAUCUGAAAAUGUGCAUCAACAUCCUAUAAAGUCAUAUUUAAAGGAUAUUGUGUCUCUCCCCAUGUAUGAUGUAUGAUGGCCAUGUUUUGAUUCUAUUCCAAGUGUGGCUGCUCACAACAAGAAACACUUUAAGUUUCAACAUGUUUGGACCCCAUGUGUUACACACCAGUUCUUAUCCAGCAGAACUUGGCCUUGACAGUACAUUUCAGCACAUUACUGAUGGUGCUGACCAAUUCUGCAUUUUGGAGGCCGAGGAUGAUAUUGAUACUUGGGGGUAAAAGAUUCUUAUAUUGAAAUAUAAGUCAGUAUAUUGCAAUGCAAUGAUCCCUCAGAUGUGCUUCUCAGACACUUUUGAAAGAGUACAUUUACAUAAUAAUUCAAAAUUAUUCUAAGCAACUUUUUCUGCUUCUCUUCAGAACAGCCAACUGAUCUAUCAGCUGAGUCACAGAUACAACUCAAGAAACAGUUUGAUGGUUAUAUCACAUAAAAUGAAUUGUGCCACAUUUGAAGAACAAUUUCCAGUGUUUCCUGGAAUGUAACAUGAAAGGUGUCACCUUUGCGUCAUUUUUUAGCUCAUUUAGUCUCACUGCUGUCAUUGAUCUGUGUGUUCAGCCACAGCAGCAGAAGUCAUCAGUAUGUGCUCAGCACCAACAGCGCACAGUUAGCCACUAGCUGGAAGUGGAAUAUUGAGUAUUGAUGUUAACAGCUUUAACUGCAAACAGGAUACUUAGAUAUUUUAACAAUUUAGUUAUCUGAUCAUUUAUUUUCAUGGCUUAUACAUGUCCUAGAACUCAUCAUAACCAUUAUAAUACCCAUUAAUUAAGCAAUAUAUUAUUAUUAAGGAAUAUCUUAUUAAAAUGUGGUACCAGUUUUGCUUCUGCUGCCUUUCAGACAUUUUAUCAGUGAGGAGCUUGUUCCUAGAUGAACCUCUGACCUUAGUGUUAGUCUGUUAACUUCAAAAUAUCCCAGCAUACUAAUGGAGAUGAUGCUGACCCUGAGGGACACAUGUAACUGACACAUUCCUUGUCACAGUAGUGACCGUUUGCCCUGAGUCACAGUGGGAUACCAGCAGCUUGCUCGCCAACAAUUGAGCUUUGGGAGAAUGUGUAGUGGAGUGAAUUUAGCCUGUGUGAGUGACUGUCUUGAACACCAGGAGAUGAACAUGGAGACAGUGAACACUAGUGAAGAGAAAGAGCCAAUGGGAUUCAUCCAGGUUUCUGUGGGACAGGUUCAGCCUUUAUACAGAUCUAGAACUCUCACUCACUAUUAAGGGUGAUGAGUUAUUUUUGUGCUUUUUACUUGUGAUGUGUUUUUUAUUUGACAGUCCUGAUUACACUUGGUUGUAUAUUUCUGGCUGUUCUUAAUAGAGAAGAGCUUUAUAAAUGUUUGUUGUGUGUGUGUUACAUUUGGAACAAAAAGACUCUCUUGUAUUGUAUUCACCUGUUUUUGUACAUAUACCGCCUCCCCAAAACAUUUUAUCAAUGCUGUCAUUGCUUGUCAUCUCAUUUUAUAAUUGUACUCUGCUGUGGGAGGAUGCAGCCCACAGCUGAUGCUAUGAACCUCUCAUGACAUUUUGAAGUUUGGCUUGUUUUGUCCUGUGGUACUGCUGUACAAGGUUUCAUCUCCUGUUGUUCUGGAACAUGUAGCACUGAAACCCAGUUUAACGCCUGUACAUUACUAAAUGAUACACAUGGGUAACAGCUUUAAGGAAAGAUGGAAGUGAUCUGUUCAGGAUGACUGGGCAGAGGGCACAGAGUGCUUAAAUGAGUAUGACAUGUAUUUAAAUGAUAUGCUAUAGCGUGUCCUCUAUGGUUUCCAGACCAGCUGAAGAUUAACGGGAGAGUUUGUGACUGACUGUAAUUAACACGUCACUUCAGUGUCUAUGUCAGCGUAGCUGUGAGGUUCAGCGUGACAUGAGCUCCAUCAUUAUCCCAUCACUGAUCAUACACACUGACUGCAUGUGAAGACAUGUCCACAAACCCAAUGCAGUCAAACCAAAGUAAGUCAACCAAAGUCCCUGUCCACCCUGCUGACCUACAUCUUCUGUUUAUUAUUUCAUUUUGGACACUCGUGGAGAUGACACUGAGCUGAGCCAUAAUUUACUGUGACCACUGAAGCCAUGCUGGCAUGGUGGGAAAUGGUUUUCCACAUUUGAGCAUGACAAUGUGAAUUAAGUUGUUUGCCUCGAUGACAUGUUCGGUUCAUAUUUUGUAGGAUGCUGUUCAUUUGUUCACUUAAACACCUGAGGAGUAUAGUUAUAGUUUCCACAGCCAGAGAAAAUCUGUGUGACAUACAACUUGUCAUGUUUGCAAAGGUCUAGACUUCCAGACUUCCAUUUUGUCAAACACAUCUAUGUGUUGCAUUGCAGAGAUAUCUUCCAAAGUUAUCCUGUGUUUGUCCUGUCUCAUGAUGCCACUCAAGACCUGAUAAACUGACAUUACAGCUGAGGCCUUGUGUAGUUUCAGAUGAGAGUUUGCAUUGUUCCACACGUUCUAUUGUUUUUUUUAGUCCAAACACUAAACCAAUAAAACCAAAGUUUAUUUACUAAACAGAAAAAAAAACAGCUGCACAUUUUGUGAAUUCAGGUUUCUCUUCGAUGAACUGAGACAAGAUUAAUUCUCUUUUUUAACUCAUCAAAGACACACUUCAUUCAAACCAACAGAAGGCCAACAGAUGACAUUUCUUAUAUACUGCACCUUUAAACACUUCUGUGUUACGUGAAUCUCUGUGACGUGACUGAGCUGCUCUUUCACAGAUAGUGUUAUUGACAGUACAGGUCUUCUCAAAGAGGCCUACUGGGUGACAGAUGGGUUUUACCAGACAGGAAGCCAUAUCCUGUUUCUCCGCUUCUGAGGUUCAGUGACAAGCCAAACUUUCUCAUGCCAUGAUGUCAUGAUGUCCAUUUAACGCUCAUAAUUGACUAAUGAUACCAAAGCUUCAUGUACUCACCCAGAGCUGUGUGGCUGGGGUUGUGAUCUGUGUGGGGAACAUAUCUGGUGUGCGGAUUGCUGGAUUUUAAAUGCAAUAAAAGCUGUCUGAUUACAGUAAGGGCAUCAAA